CCUUCUUCUUUUUUAUGGGCCAUUUAAGCUAAACUCAUCACUGCCAAAUUGUAGGGAAGAUUGAAUUAUCACAUCAGUGAUCCCAGAAAAUCCCCAUAGAUCCGAGACAUUUUGAAAACAUUAAGCAUAUAAUUAUGAUCCAGGAAUAAAAGGCAUCAUUCGAUACCUCUGUUUUACAGGUUUAUAGAGAUUAUAAUCACGAGGGUCGAGGAGACAAUUAUGAUCACCCAGAGUCUGAGUCCGAGCUCAAAGGAUGCCUGCCACCCACAAGAGGAGUAGAUGGGGCCUGUAAUUGCUACAAUAAAUUGUCAAAGAUCUUCGCAAUCCCACUAGAUUUUCCCAUCACCCAGUGAAAAGCAAAGCACUUUGUCUCAGAAAAUGGGGCUGAGGAGACCUGGCAUGAACAGAAGUUUGAACAGAGAGAAUCCAGAUAUUUUGAUUGUGAUGAUUGCAGAGGAGCAGAUAAUGAGAGGUGGUGGCGAGGACAAAGGAGAUCAGAGACAGAGGGAAGGGAUGGGCCCUCUAAAGACUGCAGCAGAAAUGAGUGGCACUGCACCAAAGGGUUUGGUGGAGAAAUCUGCAGUCUUCGUGAGUGUUUUGCUGUGUGUGAUAGUUCCUCUGCAUAUGAAUGGGAGGUUGGUCCAGGUUAAUAUUACUUGACAGACAACAAUUGAAAGUGUGAAGGUAAUGAUCUCCCCAGAACUUUUAGUGACAGAAUUUUCCAGGAUUCGGGAUGCAGUUCUUGAAAUGAAGCUGGCCUAACAUACAUUUGAAGCACAAGAAUCCAGUUACGCAGCCCUUAGACCAUCAAUGCAUGAUGCCUUCUAAUUUUUGGUGUCCCUUAUGAUGGAGAAUAAUUUGUGUAUAGUUCCAACAGAUAUGGGAAGCCAAAGUCCCGUUGUCAUAGAUGGAUUUCCACCACGUACAACUUCAAACACACUCCUGCAAUCCAACUCAUUUGACCUUAACAACCAAAACCACAUAAUGACUGGAUUUCCAGUGCUUUCUGCAUUGCAAGGAGAAUCAAUGAAUGGUCUCCAUACUAAUCCAAAUGUUGAGCGGGUUGUUGAUUCUAAUGCAUUGGUUACAUUGCUAGGAAGAAACGUGGCGAGAGAUGCCUCACUUUGCCAUUCACGUCUCAGUGGUAACACUCAGUUUCAAGACCAAGCAGCUGGAGGAGCAGCUAUAUCUGCUGCUUCACAUGCUACAUUCCCGGCUGCAAAAUUUGAUCUUCAAGAAAAUCUAAACAAUUUAGCAAUUUUGGCCCCUUCAAUCUGUCCUUUGGAUGUUUUACGAACUUAUGCUUCAAAUGGCUGUUCUAAUGCUUCUUUUGCAACAUCUUUGAGCUGUGGAUAUGAAGAUGUACUUGGUAAUACGAACACAAAGUGGGAGACCAAGUACCCCGCUCCACUAGAGCUUGUUGGGAAAUCACCAGUAAGAGCAGAGCUUCAGCCAUUUUCAUCUACAGCAAGUAUCAUUCCAGAUGGAUGGAUGUCAUCACAUAGUGGAAAUGUGACCACAAAUGCUCCUUACAGUUCCUCCAAUUUUAAUAAUGAGCUCUCGUUAACUCUUGCUACAUCUGAGCCUUCUGUUCUCAAUGAGAUUAACAUCCCGGAUCAGUGCUCUGAAAUGGGUAUGUCCGGUGUGACACGCCAUUGCUUGAAUGAAACAACAUUAAGUUCUGAACAGACUUGCAACAGUAAGGAGCUUUCUGUAAGUUUUGGCUCUUACAGAUCACCUGAGUUCUCUCAAGUAAUACUAGGAUCAAGAUAUCUUCAUGUAAUCCAGGAGAUACUUGCUCAAAUUGCAAACCAUUCACUAGAAAAUCUAGACCAUAUGAGUUAUCCAACUGCUAGGAAUGAGGCUGGUUCAAAUAUACCGUUCUCUUCAAGUGUCCCAGCUGAAAGAUGGAUGUCUUCCACAGUUCCUGAUGUGGAUGGUGGAUUGGAGCUUCAAAUGGAGUUCACAUUGCAAAGACGGACAGUUGAAGCUAAGAAAGCCCAACUGCUGACUCUGCUACAAGUGGUUGAUGACCAAUACAGCCAAUGCGUGGAUGAGAUCCAUACUGUUAUUUCUGCAUUUCAUGCUGCUACCGAGUUGGACCCUCAGAUACAUGCUCGUUUUGCUCUGCAAACAGUGUCUUUCUUGUAUAGAAACCUGAGAGAAAGGAUUAGCAACUAUAUCCUUGCAAUGGGAGCACAUUUUAACAGCACAUGCAAGAAAGAGAAGAAAAGAUCUUUUGAAACUUCUUUCAUCCAAAAGCAAUGGGCUCUACAGCAGCUAAAAAGUAAAGAUCAUCAGUUAUGGAGACCCCAACGAGGCUUGCCGGAAAGAUCUGUCUCAGUUUUAAGGGCAUGGAUGUUUCAAAACUUUCUUCAUCCGUAUCCUAAAGAUGCAGAGAAGCAUUUACUUGCAGUAAAAAGUGGAUUGACUAGAAGCCAGGUAUCCAAUUGGUUCAUCAAUGCUCGAGUUCGGCUGUGGAAACCAAUGAUUGAAGAAAUGUACGCUGAGAUGAACAGAAGAAAGGUACAACGAGAUAAGGAAGGAACCCAAAGCAACCAUAGAAACAACAUGAGCAUCACCAACCAUAGAUUUAGUUCCACAUGAAGCUGAAGGAAGAAAAGGUACAUAGAAAAUUGCGAGGACAGUUUCUUUGUCAUUCUGUAAGAAACAAACCUUAUCUAGAACCUGUACAUAGUCCUCCAUUGAAGUGUGGGGGGCCUUUAAUGAUUACACUUCUCUUAAUUACAUGCUCCCCAGCAUGAAUGCCUUAGGCGAAUCAGAAUUCUGUGUAGCGUACGUGGAAUUGUUUAGUUUUGCAUGUCUUCUGCAGAAUGCAAGAUUUCCUUCCAUUCA